CAUUACUCAGCAUCAAAGAUCAUAUGGCUCUGAAAUGCGGAAGUAGUAGCUGAAAACUUUGGAAACAGAAGGCAGUGAUCGGAAAGCUGCAAGUAAACAGGAGCCACUACCAGUGAAGUGAACGAGUAGUCAUGUCCAUAGAGGGGAGCUGCUGCUAAAUUCAGCCUGGACAACGAGGAGUGAGGCGGGACUGCUUGAUUAUUGGCAGGAUUCAAACUUCACCAUAACUUUGGAGAAAAGAUCGUCGCCCGAGAUCGCAGCCAGAGAUUAUGGAGCAGAAUCAAAUGAUAAACAUUUUACCUCGUUUUGAAGAGGAAUACCCACUAAUUGAGAAUUGUAAUGGGCAGAAUAACGCUGACUUUGUCUUCGUAGUGAAAAAAAUAGAGAAUGACAAAAAUAAAACUAAUAGGAACCUUUAUCUGAGAAAAUUGAAUGAAAAUGGCUUUCAAAUAUUGAGAAAAGAAGAUGCCCACAAUCUGUAUUUUGGAAUUCAAGCUCGUGAAGAGAUCUUUGAUAAGUACAUACAUCACUUAAACAACUCUACGAGAAGAUAUAAUGACUGUAUACAACGUACUGUUUUAAAAUCAACCAGACUUCGGAUUAUAAACUUUAUUCUGUGGAAAACCAGGUAUUCAACAAUUGAUGAUCCAAAUGAAGAUCUGCUUUAUGCCAGCAAUUCUCUGCACAAAUUACUGAAAGAUGGUGCAUUUCAUGCAGUCUUCCCACUUCAUGAGGAAGGCACUCACAAGGAAGAAGGCAAGUUGCAACGUGAAUGGGCGAAAUGGAAAUGCUUAUUUAAGAAACAACCCAUUGAUGAAAUAAGGGAUUAUUUUGGAGAGCGAAUCACCUUGUAUUUUGCCUGGCUUGGCUGGUACAACACCAUGCUGAUUCCUGCUGCUAUAUCUGGAGUCUUAGUCUUUCUGUAUGGAUUAAUGUAUUUUGAAACCAAUCAAGUGAGUAAGGAAAUUUGCAAUGCUUCUGAAAUUAUAAUGUGCCCACUAUGUGAUCAACGUUGUCAAUACUGGAGGCUCAAUGAGACAUGUUCCUAUGCUAAGGUUACACAACUGUUUGACCAUGAAAUAACUGUUCUUUUUGCAAUGUUCAUGGCAAUCUGGGCCACAGUGUUUUUGGAAGUAUGGAAAAGGGCCCGAGCAAGAGCUGUCAGCUUCUGGGAAUUGUACCACUGGGAUGAAGAUGAGGAGGAUCUGGUUCUUGGGUUAUUAUAUAACCCUAAUGUAUCACCUAAGGAAUAUACUCAUUCGUACAAACGCACAACAGUGGUCAUGUUGUUAGCAUGUGUGCUGCUGACAGUUAUUAUUAGCAUUGCACUUGGAAUUGUGAUAUGUCGGGUUAUUUUUGCUGUCCUGUUCACAACAUCUUCAUCAGAGUUUCUGAGUGACCAUGCCUCCACGGCUGCUGUGAUGGUCGGUGCUGUGUUGCAUUUCUUAACGAUUCUCAUCAUGACUAAGAUUAAUCGUAGGGUUGCCAUUUUGUUAUGUAAUUUAGAAAGACCGCGCACCUCAUUGGCACAAGAAAACAACUUCACUGUAAAAAUGUUCACAUUCCAGUUCUUCACAAUGUUUUCAUCCAUCAUUUACAUUGCAUUUUUCCUAGGGAGGAUUAAUGGUCAGCCAAGCAACUAUGUGAGAAUAGCAAGGCAAUGGCGUCUAGAAGAGUGCCAUCCAAGUGGCUGCAUGACAGAUCUCUUCAUCCAAAUGGCUGUUGUCAUGAUACUUAAACAAAUACUGAGCAGCUGCAUGGAGUAUGCUGUCCCAUCCUUGAAACAUCAAUGGAAGAGGUAUAAUAAAAAGACCCUGAAGGAAGAAGUGAGAGAUGAAGUUAAGCAUCAUUGGAUGAAAAAUUACAGCCUGAGCAGUACUGAUUCCUUUAGCUUAUUCAAUGAAUUUUUGGAAAUGGCAAUUCAAUAUAGUUUCACCACAAUAUUUGUGGCAGCCUUCCCAUUGGCUCCAUUGUUGGCACUUGUAAACAAUCUAUUUGAAAUUCGACUGGAUGCGCGAAAAAUGUUACUGCUUCAGAGACGGCCAAUACCACGAAAAGCAAAAGAUAUUGGGAUAUGGGUGAAAAUCCUUGAGGCAAUUGGCGUUCUGGCUGUCAUUGGAAAUGGGCUGGUGAUCGCAAUCACAUCUGAUUUCAUCCCGCGUUUAGUUUAUCGGUAUGAAUAUGGUCCCUGCGCAAAUGGACGCAGUGCAGUUGACAAUUGUUUGAUGGGGUAUGUUAAUAACAGUCUGUCGGUGUUCUAUGUAAAACAUUUUGAGAACGAAACUCGUUUGAAGGACAAUGGAUCAGAAUCACUGGGAUUCCGAGUAAAAUACUGCAGGUAUCGUGAUUACAGAACUGGUGAUGACUAUGAAUACACAAUUCAAUUCUGGCAUAUUUUUGCUGCUCGUUUGGGGUUUCUUGUUUUAUUUGAGAAUGUUGUUAUUAGCAUCAAGUUUAUUGCAGCUUGGUUUGUUCCUGAUGUUCCAGCUUCAGUGGAAAAUCAAAAUCUAAAACAAACAUAUGAGCGACUACAGAAGGAAUUGAAGAUGACCAACGGAGACAUUCCUGAUAAUCAGAUGCUUAAUCGGUGCAGAUAUCAGUCAACAACUGUGUGAACAGUUUGAGAAAUUGUGUGCCAGUAAAGAUUUAACAAUUUCCGCUUGGCUCAGAAGUAUCCUGUUAAUAUAUUUUCGUAUAUUGUUGCAUUGGAUCAAAAUCACUUGAAAAGAGGAGGUGUUUGAAG